AUGCAGCAAGAUACUGACAUGAUGGGAACUGAACUGUUGGAAGAUUUUCUGCUGACUGGGACAGGCAACGAAAACGUGAACUAUGACCUCGAAAACGAACCUGGGAAGCACCCAGACGACGACUUGUUCACUACGUUCAUCAACACGGAAAUGUUGCAGCAGCCACCUUCCAACUACACCAUCAACUCGCAGAAUCAGCCCAUGUCUUCGUCGUCGUCGUCAGUGCCCGCACUAGCUACUUCAGAUCUUCUAGGGAGCUUCCCAGGUACAAACGAAAAAUCUACUAGUCCCUUGGAUCCCCUGUCCAUUGCAGAUCCCUUGGAAUCAAGGGAUCAUAUCCACGCUCUUUAUGACGCCAACACGUCCGAUACCGCUUCGGAGCAGCAUCCUAGAAGCUACAGCAGAGGAUGCGAGCGUCUAGUGGACCAGACCUUGCAAUUCGGUAGGUCCAAGUCCAUUCAAUCGGCUUAUCUCAACCCUACUGACUUUUUGAACAUCCCUGAAGACUCCCUGCCUUACAAACUCUCGGUAUCUGGUAUGCCCUCAACUUCUCGUGUGGAGACUCAGAUCAAGUUGGAGCUGGCAAUCUCUCCGCCACCUCGCGAGUAUGUCGUCCAUUUGCCCACCGACUGUAUCACCAAGCAAAAAUGGUACCUUGAGGACGACAUUAGCACGUAUCCUCAGGAAAUCCAAAAUGAGAUGCUUUAUUUGGAGAGUUUCUUGGUGUGCGCAUCGAAUGGAAAGCCUACGUACGUCUGCAGCCGCUGCGUGAAACGUGAACAACGCAGAGCCUCUAGACGGAAGUCUGGCUUGUGUGAUAAUAUGCUUUGGUGUAACAACGAAAACAGACGUGCGGUGGUGUUUAACAGCCGGCAAGUUUUUUCUAUCAAGGACCAAAACUGCAAUAGCCGCUUCAAAAUGUUUGAUCUUUCGGCAAGAAUCGUCUGUUAUUGUAGGCACCAUAAAGAACCUGAGGGUUUCAAAAUUUUGUUCCUGGUUAGAAAUGCCCGUCAAGAGGUGCUUGCAAAGAGUGUCACUGGCCCUAUCAUGAUCAUGGAUAAGAAAUCGAAUAAGGAGUCGUCUGAUGUCGUAUCGAAGCAUGGUUCCGCAGUUGAUUUGACCAAUAUAACCGACGGAUCGCGAAGUGAGCGCAGUGAAGUGCCACACGUCACUUCAACAAGCGAUUUGAGUGGUUUGGAAAACUAUAAACCGGGAGACGAUUUGAUUCAUUUGGGCGCAAAAGGCGAAAAUAUGCUUUCUCCCACUUCUAUGGGAGGCGAUAGCUCAGAGACGCACGCGACUGAUCAUAACACUGCCGACUUCCCCAGGUUCCGAAGUACACCUGGUUUCUCGGCCUCCAGACACGAGAUGGCGACGAGCAACAAACGUAAAAGAACCUCCGUAGAAUUGGCACCGUCUAACUUUUACAAUCAAGAUUUCAUCAGGCCUCUACCGGUCUCGAACUUCGCUAAGCCGCCUUCGAAAUCUUCAUCUACUCAUUCGAUACCCCAAGUUUUGCAGGAGACAAAACCUACCAGCUCUCUCAUGACGGCGACAAAUAGCAUGCUGCGUGAGAUUUCCGAUAUCGCAAAUCAUUCUCCUGUGAAAUUUCCUUUCAUUCAACGUGUCAUUCCAGCACAAGGUCCAGUCAAGGGUGGGAUAGAAAUCACUUUGCUUGGUAGCAACUUCAAACCUGGUAUGAUUGUCAAAUUUGGUGAAAAUAAGGCGCUCUCAACCCAAUGUUGGUCGGAUUCGACGUUGGUAACAUAUCUUCCACCCUCUUCGAAGGCAGGCGAAGUUUUGGUUUCCGUAUUCGAAAAGGAAGAACAUGAUGCAGAUCUGCUCGGAGUGAUGUCUAGUAGUAAAGCUAUUUUCACUUAUGUGGAUGAUACUGACAGGCAGCUGAUCGAACUAGCACUACAAAUCGUUGGUUUGAAAAUGAAUGGAAAGUUAGAAGAUGCACGUAACAUUGCUAAACGGAUUGUUGGCCACGAUAGUGGUUCAGACAACAGUUCGCCCAACAACGGCGGAAACAAUGGAUCUCAAAAUCAGUACAAGAUGGAAUCGACCCAGCUUCUGUACUCAGACGAGAGUCUAUUGCUGAGAGUUAUCAAGUUACUCAACUCAAGCUCCAAUUUGUCCAUGUGCGAUGAAGAAGGUCAAACUAUGUUACACCUUGCAUGUUUGAAGGGGUACCAUCAGCUGGCCUUAACACUUGUGAGAAAAGGUGCGAGAGUAGAUGCUAGAGACUCCUUUGGUUUUUCUCCGCUUCAUUUCGCAUGUUUGAAUGGAGACGCUAAGAUCAUCAGAUUACUAGUGCAAUGCAAGGCGAACAUUCAAAUUGAGGCGAUGAAUGGUGCUACCCCACGGGAUUUAUUUGUUGCCAACCAUGAUACCGACGACGAGAGAUACGAGGAUUACCUGAACGAGGUGUUGGACAUCCUGGAUGUCGACAGUGGUGAAGAGCACUCAACAAGUAUGGGGAGAAAACUAUCUGACAGCAGUUUCCAGUCUUCCGUUUUCGAUGCAGGUUCGUUAGCGUCUUUGAACGACAAUCUGCAGGUGCAUAUAUCGAAGAUGACCGAAGACACGCUUUCUGAUGAUGACGGAGAUAUCGAGGACUACGAAGAAGAUGGCGACGAAGGUCUGUUGGGCGACGACGAAGAGUCUGUUCAAACCGCCGCCGAUGUCAACUCCACACCCCGUGAGCCCUCUCCUGUGUCUGUUGUUAGCGAUUCCAGACCACUCGAUGAGCAACGCCUUGUUGACAGACCCCCCAGUGGCCAUGCCAGUACAUCCAACGCCAUUACCCACAAUUCGACAGAAAACUCUAUCUGGAACCGCAUGUUGACCGCACUGAAUGAUGAACUACCUAAAUACGAUGAUCUUUUCCCCAGCCCUGGCAAGGAGAAGCACAUUGGAGCAUUGCGGAGUAGCACGCCGGAAUCAGAGGAGCAUAUUUUGGGCUUGUCGUCCAGUGCGGUUGAGGAUUCCCAAGCGUCAUCUGAGGACGAAGAGGAUGCAUUACAAGCACGUCUCAAUCGAUUCUUCCAGCAGAGACAGAAUUUUCAGAACGACAAAAUGCUGCUGUUCUUCUGGUUACCUCUCACCAUUAUACUGCUGUCUUCUUUCUUGAUCUACGAAUUCGGUCACGACGGAAACACUGUACACCAUUGGUCAGAAGCGUUGUCCGAGUAUUUGCGUGAAGGACUUGUCAAAGUCAUGUUAGGCAAUCAACGCGUCAAAGGCGUAUUCAAGGGCUCGUUGAAUAGCCUUCAAUCCGGCAUAAUAGAGGGUGCCAGCUAG